GAUUGACGGGAGGGCCUGGCGGCUAGCAAGAUGGCGCAGACUCAGGGCACCAAGAGGAAAGUCUGUUACUACUACGACGGGGAUGUUGGAAACUACUAUUAUGGACAAGGCCAUCCAAUGAAGCCUCACCGAAUCCGCAUGACUCACAAUUUGCUGCUGAACUAUGGUCUCUACCGAAAAAUGGAAAUUUAUCGUCCUCAUAAAGCCAAUGCUGAGGAGAUGACAAAAUACCACAGUGAUGACUACAUUAAAUUCUUGCGUUCCAUUCGCCCAGAUAACAUGUCUGAGUACAGCAAGCAAAUGCAGAGAUUCAACGUUGGUGAGGACUGUCCAGUAUUUGAUGGCCUGUUUGAGUUCUGUCAGUUGUCUACUGGUGGCUCUGUAGCAAGUGCUGUGAAACUUAAUAAGCAGCAGACGGAUAUCGCUGUGAACUGGGCUGGAGGCCUGCAUCAUGCGAAGAAGUCUGAAGCAUCUGGCUUCUGUUACGUCAAUGACAUCGUCUUGGCCAUCCUGGAACUGCUAAAGUAUCACCAGAGGGUGCUGUAUAUUGACAUUGAUAUUCACCAUGGCGAUGGCGUGGAAGAGGCCUUCUAUACCACAGACCGGGUCAUGACUGUGUCUUUUCAUAAAUACGGAGAGUACUUCCCAGGAACUGGGGACCUACGGGAUAUUGGGGCUGGCAAAGGAAAGUACUAUGCUGUUAACUACCCGCUGCGAGAUGGGAUCGAUGAUGAGUCCUAUGAAGCCAUCUUCAAGCCAGUCAUGUCCAAAGUGAUGGAGAUGUUCCAGCCUAGUGCAGUGGUCUUACAGUGUGGCUCAGACUCCCUGUCUGGGGAUAGGUUAGGCUGCUUCAAUCUCACCAUCAAAGGGCACGCCAAGUGUGUGGAGUUCGUCAAGAGUUUCAACUUGCCUAUGCUAAUGCUGGGAGGAGGUGGCUAUACCAUCCGUAAUGUGGCUCGGUGCUGGACUUAUGAAACAGCUGUGGCCCUGGACACAGAGAUCCCUAAUGAGCUACCAUACAAUGACUACUUUGAAUACUUUGGACCGGAUUUCAAGCUUCACAUCAGCCCUUCCAAUAUGACUAACCAGAACACUAAUGAGUACCUGGAAAAGAUCAAGCAGCGACUUUUUGAGAACUUGAGAAUGCUGCCCCAUGCACCUGGGGUCCAGAUGCAGGCCAUACCUGAAGAUGCCAUCCCAGAGGAGAGUGGUGAUGAAGAUGAAGAAGACCCUGACAAACGCAUCUCCAUCUGCUCCUCUGACAAACGAAUUGCCUGUGAGGAAGAAUUCUCUGAUUCAGAUGAGGAGGGUGAAGGUGGUCGCAAGAACUCAUCUAACUUCAAAAAAGCCAAAAGAGUGAAAACAGAAGAUGAAAAAGAGAAAGAUCCAGAAGAAAAAAAAGAAGUCACAGAAGAGGAGAAAAUCAAGGAGGAGAAGCCAGAAGUCAAAGGGGUCAAAGAAGAGGUCAAGUUGGCCUGAGCAAGAUCUACAGCUCUGACUUCUCCCCAGAUUCCUCACUUUCCCCCAGAUUUUAUAUUUUCUAUUCUUCUGUGUAUUUAUAUAAAAUAUAUUAAAUAUAAUGUCCCCAGGGACUAGAUAGGAACCAGGGACCAGAGCCCAGGGCAGUGGUGCUGAGAGACUCUUACCUUGUCCCUCUGCCCCAGGUUUUAGUAGUGAACCAUGUAGGGUCUGAGGGGUGGGGGAUAGAAAACAACCAGAAGACAUAAUCCUGAACUGCCAAGUGCCUGCUUAGGAGCUGUUAAGAUGCCCUUAUUAAGCUUUCUAGAGGGGGUGACUGGGUCUUCUGGGACCCUUUAUUCAGGCUUAGGUAAUAUCAGCCAUUUUUAGAUUGGUUCUGUUUAUACCUUCCCACUCGUCUCAGGCAAGCAGAAAAACUUACCAUUGCCCUGUCUUCCCCCCAAUUCUGCAGGUGGAGGUUGUUAGCCUAGCUUCCUUUUUGAGAUAUUUUCAUUUUGUGAGACUCUUUGUAAUAAAACAGCACAUUUCUAUA